AAUUUAAAAUUGUCGAUAUAUUUAUAUUACCGCCUUUUUUGAUUGCUCUGAAGUAAGUUGCAAUACCGACAAAAGCAGUUAUAUAUUGGAUUACUUCAGAUCAUAGUCGUAUACUUAUUAUAACCUAAUUUUAUCUGUCAAAUUUUAUAAAUUUACUGUCAUAUAUAUAAAUAUUAUCAUUUAUAUAUAUUUGUGGUGUAAAUUGAAGUUAUUUUAGUGGAAUUCUUAAAUUUUCUCAAAAUGGCAGCUAUUGAAUUGUUAGAAGAUAGAGUUAUUGAAUUGGAAAAAAAAAUAUAUGGACUUGCAAAGAAAAAAGAAAAUAAUGAUACAUUGGAAAAUCCCGUGAUAGAUAAUAUCUUGCAUGUAAAUACAUUAGUUUCCUCUGCAAUGUCAGGAAGAGAAAAAGCAAAUCUAAUGAUAAAGCGAUUACCAGAAUUAAAUACUUACUUAGAUCCAAUAAUUGAAAGUUCAGAAAUUCCUAUAGAGGCCAAGCUUCAAUUAUUGUUAGCAAUGGCAUCAGAAAUAAAACAAAAUCAUGAAAUGUUAAAACAAGUGCAAGAAUUAACACCUGUAUUAGAGACUGAUCGUCUAAGAAAUGUACCAGAAUUAACAAACAAACUCAAUGAUUUGAAUUUAUCUUAUCUUAAAUUAUAUGAAGAUACUCAAGGAUUAAAUAAUCAUAUAAAUGAAGUUUUUUCCAAAUAUAAUGAUGUAAUAACUAGUAUUUCUAAGUCAUUAAUUACUAUAGAUGCUAUUGUAACAACAGCUGAAAUUGCAGCAAUGCCCAAGAAACAAUUAGAUUAAGAAUUUAUUGUAUAAAUAACAAAGAAUUAUUUAUUGUAUAAAUAACAAUAAAAUUAUUUAUAUUUAAAAUAAGAAAGCUUAAAAUUCAUUUAAAAUACAUUUAUUUUUUAUCUUAGCAUAUAAAAAUACUUAUGCAUUCAUCAAUGACUAUGCAUACAUAAACAUAUUUUAUUAUUGUAUUUCUUCAUAACAAUGUAUUUUAUUAAAAUACUUAUAUAUUAUAUACAUUUAUCUCCUAUCUAUUUUUUAUCCUAUUCUAUUGUUCAUUUCAGAAAUCCCUUUUUACGAUUUCUGAGACAAACUAUUUAUUAUCGAAUAAUCAAAUAUAUUUAUUCAAUGGUCUCUUGUUUCCAAUAAAUAUUUUCAUUUUGCUGCUACUUUUUGUAAUAUCUAAUAACUGGAUUUACAUAAACAAUUCAUGCAGACAUUACACUAAUCAGUAAUACUACACCUCUGCUAAUAUUUCUUUGAGAUAGUAAACUAGAAAGUGUA